AUGUGUAGAAGCGUCUCGAGACUGAAUUUCAAAAUAAAGUGGCUGGGUGAUUCAGCUGCCGCCUUGCAGAAAAAUGUUUUCGAGUCACCGCGCUCGCCCCCAAGUACCCGACCCCUCACUCAUCUAACAUGGCCCAGUCCGCUACCCGAGCCACCGUCUGUCAACCUUGUCCCUCCGAUCGAGCACGAUGCAGCGAGGUAUACGUUGGGUAUGGCGACGGAGCGCUCGCUGGCUGGCGCCCUCGCGUUUGUGUCGAGCAUCACGGACAGCCCCAAUUGCAUCACGGCCGUUUGCGUACAAGAAGAACAAGGCCAGAAGCUGCAGAUUCACGUAGCCAUAAACAAACAAACACCAAGAGAGAAUAAUGUGACGCUGGGCAUAAUCUGCAGUGGUUUCAAUCAGAUGUUUACGCGCCUCUCUGAUUUUCAAGGUGCCACACAAUCGCUGCUACAACUCCGAAACGGAGUCCAAGUGCCCAAGAUGGCCAGAUACCACCAAAAUGCUUCAAAUUUGACCGCACAGAUUGAGCAGUUUUUGGAAAAGUCGGCCAAAUUGGUCAAAGUCAUUCGCAGCUGGACUAUGCACAAGACAGACAAUGAGCUGUGCGCUGUCAUCGAUGGUCUCUAUGACUUUGUUGCAAUGGACAAGUGGAAGGCUGUGAUUGACUUGAUUCCUGGCCGUUUGAUGGAUCCUUCCUCCAGAGAAAGCUUGGUAAAAAUGCUUCAAAGAGGCUCACGAUACAGACACGUUGCGCGGGUUCUGUAUCGCGCGGCCAAAAAGUAUCCCAUCGCCCGGCGGAUGGAGGCGAUUGCCGUGCAGCUGCCCGAGCGCGCUUUUAAAAGACCAUCUCCAUCUUCGCCGCCUUCCUCUCUCGAACGGACCUCUAGCAGAAUCCUCGCGGCCCCAAACCACAGCGUCGACCGCCUCUGUCAAGCGCUCAACACCAACGCCGACGAUGCCCGCACCGAAUUCAAAGCCCAGACGCACAAGACCCUCACCGAGGGCAAGUUUCACGCUGAAGUCCAGCUCCUCUGCCAAAUCCUGUCCCAGCCUUCCUCGCGCAAGCCGCCGCGUGUCGUCUGCGCCAGCAAGGACGCCUGUUUUCUGUGCAACUGCCUGCUCCGGGCACACGCCAAGCUCUACACGCCGCGCUGCCACGGCAAGCUCUAUGCCGGAUGGCGGCUACCGAUGAUGACGGCCGAGUUGCGGCCGCUACAAGUCUCGAUUAACCGGAUGCUGGAGCAAAAGAUCCGGAGCAGCGCCGCAGCGCUUCUGCAUAGUCAUGACGUCCCUAAGAGCAAAGGAGUCUCAGCGUCUUAUGGGUGA